ACACAGAGGCACCCUAUUUUCCAGAAGCAAUAAAACUGCUGGUGCAGAAAUGAAGGAUUGUUUAUACAAGGAGGUCUAUAGCCACAUGGAAUCUGGAAACAAUCAGGAGAGGGAAGUUGAGUAAUGGUGGGGGACUUGCUGUGCUGCAGCCUUGAAAUUCAUGCCUUGAGAGAAUGUUGGAUGAUGUGAAGUUAUUCAUUCCAUUGUUCAAAGAAGACGGUUAUGGGACAGAAGGGACACUGGCCAAUUUGAGAACCCGUCCCCGCACCUUCACAUCCACCCCUCUUCCGGAGGAUCCACGCGUCGGGUCGCAGCGCCCCCUUGAGGCCGCCUUGGGAAAUGGCCUGGGACUCGGCUGGUCCGGGCUUGGAGGGGGAACACUGCGUACCCAGUCAGCUAGUGACCAGCCUGGGCCGCACCGUGAACUCUGAGCGAGGGGCUUCUGGCCAGACUGUGAAAGCCGCCCACGCCCGAGAUCCAAGCGCCAGACGGCGGCCUACGCCUUUGGCCCGGAGCUCAGCUUGGGACCUAAGGUCCCGCCCACCCUAAGAGCGUCACGCUCGGGCGCGCGCCCGCUACAGGCGAGCGCUGGCGCCCAGGGGCCACGUAGCCGCCAUUGCUCCCCCGUAGCUGAGCUUUUGGAGUUUCCUGACCGUGAUCAGAUUGGAGUAGCAGUUUCAACUUACACAGCAGCUGUGGCAGUGCUGGAUCCUUAAACCUACUGAGCUGGGGGCUGGGAUGCAACCUGUGUCCUAGUGCUGCAGGGAUGCUGUGGAUCCCAUUGUGCCACAGGGGGAACUCCUCAAGACUCUUCUUAAGAAAAGAACUUCCACAUAUGCUUAUUCAGUUAAGUUAGUUGCAGAUAUGAUGCCCCUUUACCUCUGUAUUUAGAGGCACUUCACUGUAUUUUCUAAAAACAAGGGUGUUCUCUUACAUUCAAAAUCAGUAACAUUGAUCAGGACUAUUAUUGAACCUGUAAUCCAUUGUUUAAUGCCUCCAGUUGUCCUAUAAUAAUGCCCUAUAUUGAAACUGCUCUGUUUUCCACCUGGGAUCCCAUCCAUCCCAAACUGCAGCCCAGCGUGCAGUUUGACUGUCCUAUCUUCUUGGCCUCCUUCGGUCUGGAGCAGCUCCCCAGUGUCCCUUGACUCUGAUGACUGACAGUUUUGAAGAUUCCUGUGUCCCUCCCAGAGCCAUGGUCCACGCCUUCCUCAUUCACACCUUGCGGGCCCCGAAAGCUGAGGAGGGCCUCUGCCGAGUGCUCUACUCCUGUGUUUUUGGUGCCGAGGAGUCACCUGAUGACCUACAUCCACACGGUGCUGAGAGGGACAGGCUCCUCCGAAAGGAACAGAUUUUGGCUGUGGCCAGGCAGGUGGAGUCCAUGUGCCAGCUGCAACAGCAGGCAUGUGGCCGGCCCUCUGUGGACCUGCAGCCCCAGUCUUCAGAUGAACCGGUGCCCCUACAUGAGGCCCCAUGUGGAGCCUUCUGCCUGGCGGCAGGGGACCCUUUCCAGGAGCCUCGGACAGUGGUGUGGCUAGGGGUGCUCUCAUUAGGCUUUGCCCUGGUGCUAGAUGCCCACGAGAACCUGCUGCUGGCAGAGAGCACACUCCGACUGCUGGCACGCCUUCUCUUUGACCACCUCCGGCUGCUGGUCCCUGGUGCCAACCUCCUGCUGCGUGCUGACCGCAUCGAGGGCAUCCUUGCCCGCUUCCUGCCCCAUGGUCAGCUGCUCUUCCUCAAUGACCAGUUUGUCCAGGGUCUGGAGAAGGAAUUCAGUGCUGCCUGUCCCCGCUGACCCCUUCCUGGGCUGGGACUUCCCACCAGGGCAAGGAGGGAAGACGGGAAUGGACGGACACACAACUAGGUAGAGGUUGGCACCCACCUCCUUCCCAGCCUGUGCCCAGCUUUGGAGUGCUGCUGCAUGUAGGACAAAUGGAUGGGACAAGCUGGCAGAAAAGGGGGCCGGGGAGAGGCUGGAGGGGAGGAGUCACAGAACAUCCUGUGCCUAGAGCUGCCUCGCGACUUACUCAGACUGCCGCAGCGGGCCAUCCCUGCUCGUCCUUGACCCCACACUCUCCCAUCCCUGCCGGCCAACCCCCAGCAAUCUGCCAGCCACUAAUGCUGGGGCAGUAAGGAGUGGCCACUUGGAACUCAGCCCACUUUCUUCUUCCAACCCGUCGUCAUUGUAGCACAAAAGGCAUCUCAGAUUUCUAGGGUUAGGGAGAUGGCCUCUGCCUUUGCACCUACUUAGGCACCAUCAUUAAAGAUUUUUAUUUUUUAUUUUAUUUUUUGUCUUUAGGGCCACACUCGCAGCAUAUGGAGGUUCCCAGGCUAGGGUCAAAUUGGAGCAGUAGCUGAUGGCCUACACCACAGACACAGCAACUCCAGAUCUGCACUAUGUCUGUGACCCACACCACAGCUCAUGGCAAUGCCAGAUCCUUAACCCACUGAGUGAGGCCAGGGAUUGAACCUGCACCCUCAUUGUUGCUAGUCAGAUUCGUUUCCGCUGAAGCACGACAGGAACUCCAUCAUUAAGGAUUUUGUUGGUGAAGGUCUGCUUGGUGUCCAGCCCCACCACGGUUCACAAAGAUGUUAACGUUCAGCAGAAGGGCUCCAUAGCCCCUUUUGGGCCCAGCCCACGCCCACCGGCAGCCUUGAGAUAAUCAUGGGCUUACUUUAUCUAGGGGGAGAGAAAGCGGUGUCAGGUGUGUGUAAGAGGUCCAGUGCUGUCAUUCUCAUUUGGAAUUAAAAGCCUCAAGUCUGUGAUUUCACCCUCCA